AUGCAGGCUAAAUUGAUGUUUACCAGACUAAACUUUAGAUUUUCCCCUACCACUUUACGCCAAUUUCCCCUAAGACGUUUCCCAUUACGGAAAGCAUUUUACUCAGAUCUGGUUACCAAGGAGCCGUUAAUCACACCGAAAAUAAUAAUAAAUGAGACACCUGGGUUGAAUUUAUCUAUUUCUGAAAGGGCUUCGAACAGACUAGCUGAGAUUUACCGCGAUAGUAAAGAAAAUUUAAGAAUUAGUGUGGAAAGUGGCGGAUGCCACGGUUUUCAGUACAAUCUAACCCUGGAACCUGCUUCUAAGUUGGAUGUGAAGAAUAACGUCAAAGACAAGGAAUUUUCAGAUGAUCUUGACGGUGAUGAUGAUUCCCAGGAUAUAGUAUACGUGUUACCCGAGGACAAGGGCCGAGUGAUUAUUGACAACAAAUCAUUAAACAUCUUAAAUAACACUACGUUGACGUACACUAAUGAAUUGAUCGGUUCUUCGUUCAAAAUAAUCAAUGGUAGGCUAAAAAGUAGUUGUGGUUGUGGAAGUAGUUUUGAUAUUGAAAAUUAA